CCUGCCUGCUUUAGGCGAACGGGGACCGCGCCUUUCUGAGCCGCUGGUGACUCGGCCGGCCCGGCUGCUGACUCCGCAAAUCCACUCGCCUUUGCCAGCGUCGCCCAAGCAAAGCUUCCACCACCGCGCCGCGCCUAUAAAUGGCGCCCUCGGCGGCUGCGCUCCGGUACCAAUCCGCGAUUCCUUACACGCUAAGGCGUCGACCUCCAGCUCUUCUUCUUCCAUCCUUCACCGCGACGCCGGCGAGACCAGCGGCGCCCAGAUCUCUGCUCUUUUCCGCUGAGCUUGCUCUAGCAGACAUGAGGAAGUCGAGCAGCACCGGCGCCCAUGUCAUCGGGGUCCCGGUCACCUCCAAGGCGUUCGGGAUAGAGGCGGCGGCUUCCACCAGGGAUCCGUCGUCGUUCAGGAAGGGCAACGGCGACCACCUCGCUGUCUCGCUCACGCACCCCAGCCCGUAUGCGUCUUUCGGCUACAACCACAGCAGCAAGGGCCAGGUGGUCCACUGGGUCAGCAAGCUGAGCAGGCGGGCGCAGGGCUUCAGGGAGCAUGUGACCUUGGGCCCGAAGCUGUCGGAGACGGUGAAAGGGAAGCUAAGCCUGGGCGCGCGGAUCCUGCAGGCCGGCGGCGUCGAGCGCGUGUUCCGGCAGGCCUUCUCCGCCGACAAGGGCGAGCGGCUGGUCAAGGCGCUGCAGUGCUACCUCUACACGACGGGCGGCCCCAUCGCCGGGAUGCUCUUCGUGUCCACCAGGAAGGUCGCCUUCCGCAGCGACCGCCCCAUCACGGUGAGCUCGCCCAGGGGCGACACGGCGCGGGUCACCUACAAGGUGGUGGUCCCGCUCCGGCGGAUCCGCGAGGUGCGGCCCAGCGAGAACGCCGACAGGCCGGAGGAGAAGUACAUCCGCGUCGCCACGGUGGACGGCUUCGAGUUCUGGUUCAUGGGGUUCGUCAGCUUCCAGCGGUCGUGGAGGUGCAUGCAGCAGGCCGUCUCGGAGCUACAGUGACCGCGCGGCCUGGGUGGUGAGGAGGAGGAGGUCCGGUGCAUGUAUGGCUGCCCUGUCGGCACGACGAGAAGAGGAUGCUACGGCCUGCGUCGCCAUCUUUUGUUGCGAGGUAGCCGUGUAGCUAAAGGUUGCCCCAAUAAUCUAAGCCGGGGCAAUUGAGUUCCUUCCGCGUACGAUUUGGAUCAACUUUGUGUUGCUCGAAGCGGUUGCGUGAAGCAUGGACCGGGAAAUUAACCAUUUAUGCAUGUUGUUGUUGAAUGGAAGAGCUCGCCUUUUUUAAAAAAAAAAAUUAUGCUGUGCCUCUCUCAUCUUUGUACUACUGUGUGUCCAGAAGAUGGUGAAAAUUUACCUCUGACGAGUUUUGGUGGUACGAGAUUCAAAAACUGAAAA